UUCUCUUAUUUUUCGUGCGUAAAGCAGGAUAAAGUGUCGCGUCUUUGAAAUUGACUUGGGAGAGAGGGACGAAGCUGAGAGUUUUGGGAAAGGGUGAGAGAGGAAGAAAAAAACACGCGUCGAGUUCUUCAUCACGGACCGCUCACAGGGAGGUGGAUGGACCUUCACCGCCCCUUCAAGAUGGACAGCCCCUCCUACCUGCCAACUCCCCUGGCCUCCCCUGCCUUGAUGGUCCUGGCUUCUACGGCCGAGGCCAGCCGGGACGCCUCCGUCCCCUGCCAGGCCCCCAGACCCUUCGGUGUCCCUGUAUCCUUGGAAAAGGACCUCCACCUCUCCUUCCCCUCUGCCUCCUACACCUUCACCUCCAUGUACCAGCGGCAGGGGCCCAUGCCGGGCACCUUUCCGUCCCGGGACUUCCCAGCCUCCCUGCUCCACCUGCACCCCCAGUUCACCCCACCAAACCUGGACUGCUCUACCCUAAGCAUGCUCAACCACAGCGGGGUGGGCGCCUUCAGACCUUUCUCGUCCCCGCAGGAGGAGAGAGAGUCAGGGGGCUACCAGUCGGCCUUCACCCCUGCCAAGAGGCUGAAGAGCUGCUUCCCAGAGGUGGAGGGGAAGGAGUUUGACUUUGGCUCUUUGGGAGGCUCCCUCAAAGCUGGGGAGGACUCGGGGAGGAAGCUGUUCUCCAUGUCGGGCCUGCUGUCAGACGGGGAGAAUUCAUCAAGUCCGGAGCGCAAGGAGCACAGCAGGGUGAAGACUCUGUUCGACGCUCAGGCUCCGAUGUGUCCGGUCUGCCAGGCCGUGCUCCGACCCGGCGAGCUGCAGGAACACAUGGAGCAGGAACUGACCAAGCUAGCACAGCUACAGAUCAGUGAUGUUCCAGCUCAACACGACCUCCUGUUAAAACCCCCCAAGUCUCUCACUUUUUCUCUGCAUAUAAAGCGUGAAGGAGGUUCUCCGACUUCGCCCUCUCGGCCGGCGGAGGACACGCACUCUGACCGAUAUCAGACCUUCCUGCGUGUGCGUGCCAACAGACACACCAGACUGAAUGUCGACGACCUCUGCUGGUGCAGGUGCUACGUCAAAUCUGCCCCAUUACGCCCUCACAGCACAGGAGCCCAUCUAGACUGCACACAAGCCGUCAGGAUCGGGAAACUGAAGAGGAGGAAACCAGAGGACGCAGCGGAGGGCGCCGUGGACCUCACCCCGCUGGACAGUGAGUGGAAUGACAGGAGAAGGAUGCAGAUGUCCACCCUGAUUGGUGGGUUUAAAGGUGCGAUGCUGGUGAGCACAACGUCUAAGGAGUGUCGAGACAGCGACGCAGACCUGGACGUGGACGGAGACGACACUCUGGAGUACGGCAGAGCACAAUACACAGAGGCAGACGUCAUUCCCUGUUCAGGAGAAAGUUCCAAGGACACGUCCUUAAACAGCAGCUGUACCAGUACCAGUACCAGUACCAGUACCAGUACCAGUACCAGUGUACUCCCAGACUCCAGGAUUCACCUGGAUUAUUCCAAAUGGAUAAACGAUGGAAGUCCAUCCACCAGUGGAGGAGAGAAGGUCAACAGCAGCGUUUCCACGACGACACAAACGUGUAAAAAUACAGAGAUUGAGACGUGAGUUUAUCAACUGAUCCUCAUCUCUCUGUCAGUGAUGUCACCGCGUUGUCUUCCAGUCCAAACUAAUGUGUCUGGUCUCACUUCACGACACACUCCUCCUGCUCAGAGUGCAUUCUGGGAAAUCUGUGAAUAACGGCCAAAGGAAGUGGAUUUUAAGACUC